UGUCGGUGUGUACUCUUGUUGGCAUUAUUGUGUUAUUUUUUAUUACAUGCAAUGUAAGGAGUGAAGUAAAGAAUGUAAACCGGUUUGAAGAAUUAGAUUUUUGGAAAGAUUCAAGACUUGAAUCGUCGAAGAUGAAUAAGCGUCGCUCCAACAACAAUGUAAAAACCGUCAAGAAAAAUUUUAUCCAAAAUAAAAAUAUGAAAAGAGUUGAGAAAAAUAAUGUAUCGGAGCCUCAUUCGCACACCGUUCGAAGGGAACAAUCCAAGGCCCGGUGGUCAGUGUUUAAUGUUUCAUGGCCUAAAGUGGCCCCACAAAUGAGAGCAAGGAAAGCAUCAACACGGAUGACGCAUAUGAUGUACCAAGAAUUAGAGGAAACUACAAGCCCUUACACGCCAUUGAGCGAUGAAGAUUUUACCGGCAAAUUAAGUCCAUAUGCGAUAAAAGAACAAUUAUUACGAGUGGCAUCAAGAUUUCCAAACGCGAACGUAACUAUCGAAGUGAUAGGGCGCACAGUUGAAUACAAUGACAUAGUGAUGAUGAAAAUAGCUGAGCACCCAGAUUACUCUAGACAUUUCCGUGCUGAAGAUGAUAAAUAUGCAGACGAACCUCCGCAAAAGAAAAUCGUAUUUAUAGUUCACGGAUUAAAUGUUAUGGGGAUAUCACAUAUACAGUGUUUGUCAGUGGACUCGGAGUUUUCGAAACUGCUAUCGUAUUAUCUGAAACACAUGGAAUACUUUGAUAUAUAUGUCAUUCCCCUGGCUAACCCAGAUGGUUUUGAUACUGCUCUACGUGAACAACUGUGGAGCAAAAACAUGUCACCCCAAAGUGCUUGUCCAGGAGUGAAUGUAGAUCGCAAUUUCAACGUUGCCUGGAAUGCAUCUAACACCAUCUCAUCCUGUAGCCAGCAGUACCCUGGUUCUGCUCCCUUUACAGAAGCAGAAUCCAAAGCUAUUAGAGAUGUUCUCCAUAAAUAUAGUCACAAAAUCAUCGCCUAUAUCAACGUGCACGCUGGAUCGUAUAAUGCUAAAAGCUAUAAAGGAGAAGCUGUCCUCUAUCCCAAAGGCUAUACCGAAGUACAGACAGAUGAUGACAAAUACAUAGAUUUGCGAGGUGAAAUAGACGAAGCCAUGCGGAACGCUAGCUUUCAAACACUGUCAGUUACAGUGGACACGUUGCAUAGUUGGUACGGGAAGGUGUUUGGGACAAGUGUCGAUUACGCUUCCACGGUAUAUGGUAUCCCAUACGCUUUAGAGUUGGUGAUGCAAAUAUAUGACGAUUAUUAUAUGGACACAGAUGAAACAUACAGCCUUUCAUCUCUCAACGAAGUAUGGAGUCGAGUUAUAGACGUUAUAUUUAAGAGUAUAUGGAAGAAUUCACAUAUCAGUGAAAAUGAUAAGAAAUAA